CACACACGCACAGUUCUGCUUAUUCUCCAGUGAAGAUGCUCCGCACAUUGCGAGAUCAGGUUAGGAAACAUCCCGGACUCGUCCCACAGUUUUUCUUUAUCUGUCUGGGAAUGGGUGGAGCAUCCCUGUAUUUGUUUCGUCUCGCAAGAGGACCUCAUGUCACCUGGAACAAGAGCGGUAACACUGAACCCUGGAAUCAGCUUAGUCCAAACUACCAGUACAAGUUUGUGGCCAUUACAACAGACUACAAAAACCUGAAGAAGGAGGGACCAGACUUCUGAAUGAUUCACAGCUUCUGAAACUUUGAGGCCCUAACCCGUGCCCAUGAAGAAUAAAUAAAAAAAAAAAGUUUUAAUAACAAUGAGUGUAAUAAAACAACUAUAUGAUGUUAAAAUAUUUGCAAUACUGACUCUUUACUACUU